AGAAAAGCAUGAGGCUUGGAAGAAAGCAUCUGUGUUAGCUGGCAAACGUUUAGAUUCUUGCUUGGUUGCUCAUAUUUUAGAAGCUUUGGCGACGCGAUUGAUCGAGAGCGCUGCUCGUUCUUCGUUUUGUUCUUGAUUGAUCUUCUCUUUGUUCUCCGCGCUUCGCGAUUUGAGAGAGGGGGGAGAGAGAUUGGAGGACGAUUCAAGAGAAAAAGCAGAGGAAAGCGAGCGCUGCGCUUUUUGCUUUGGUCUUAUUUUGUUUGUUUUUCAGUUGGGAUCUGGCAGUGAUUUGUGGUCCUUUCUCGCAGGAGCGCAGUGGUUGCUGCAUUGCAUUGAUCAUCUCCUGUGCUCUUUGCGCUGCGCUUUCUUUCUUUGCCUUUAAUUUUUCUUUCUUGCUUCUUCCUUUCCUCGUUUCCCUGGCAACAACAACGCUCUGCUGCAAGAGCGUUCCUCUGCUCUCGCUGGUGUUGUUGGAUCCAUUGAUGUGAUACAUUCGCUCCUCCCUCCUCUUAAAAUCGAAAGAGGAGAUAGAAACUGAGAGAAGGAAGACGAGGAAGGUCUCAGAUCGAUGAAGGAUUUCUGCAAGAGGCUCGCGCUCGUCCUGCUGUUCGUGUUCGUGAGAUCCUCGGCGGCGCUCAAUCUUUCCAGCAUUGCCAAUCCAGCGGCGGCGGCGGCGGUGGCAGCGGAGCAUCAUCACCAAAAAUCCAUCAGCAGGAGUAAUGACGACGAUGACGCCGAUCAAAGAAGAAGAAGAACCCUAAUCCAAGACCAAGAACAAGAAUGGGGGCGGCAAGAAGACGACCAACAGCAGCGCGAUCGGAGCUGCCGAUCCACCGGGAACCCCAUCGACGACUGCUGGCGCUGCGAUCCCCACUGGCACUCCCACCGCAAGCGCCUGGCCGAUUGCGCCAUCGGCUUCGGCAAGAACACCAUCGGCGGCCGCGACGGCGAUUUCUACACGGUCACCGAUUCCUCGGACGAUCCUGUGAAUCCGAGGCCCGGAUCGCUGCGCUACGGCGCCAUCCAGGACCGCCCACUGUGGAUCAUCUUCGCGCGCGACAUGACCAUCGUCCUCUCCCAAGAGCUCAUCGUCAACAGCCACAAGACGAUCGACGGCCGGGGGCACGCGGUACGGAUUGCGUACGGCGGGUGCCUGACCGUGCAGUACGUCCGCAACGUCAUCGUGCACGGAAUCGGCAUCCACAGCUGCCGCCGUACGGGGCCGGCCAUGGUACGGAGCUCGCCCGGCCACGUCGGCUGGCGGACGGUGUCGGACGGCGACGGAAUAUCCAUCUUCGGCUCCCGGGACGUGUGGAUCGACCACUGCUUCCUGGCCGACUGCGCGGACGGCCUCAUCGACGCGAUCAUGGGAUCCACGGGGAUCACGAUCUCAAACAAUUACUUUCGCGACCACAACAAGGUGAUGUUGCUCGGCCACAGCGAUAGCUACACCCUCGACAAGAUGAUGCAAGUCACCAUCGCUUUCAAUCACUUCGGGGAGGGGCUUGUGCAGCGAAUGCCCAGGUGCCGGUAUGGAUACUUCCACAUUGUCAACAAUCACUACACGCACUGGAGAAUGUACGCGAUCGGCGGCAGCGCAAACCCCACGAUCAAUAGCCAGGGCAACAGAUUCGUGGCGCCAGCCGACGUUAACUCCAAGCAGGUGACCAAGCGAGAGUUUGCGGGCGAGCGGAGCUGGAUGAAGUGGAACUGGCGAUCCGAGGGUGACAGUUACAUCAACGGCGCGUAUUUCAGGCCCUCGGGCGCGGGAAGCGCCGCGGUAUAUGCCAAGGCAUCGAGUCUCCCCGCGAGGCCUGCGGCGUUGGUGCCGGCCAUGACGGCCUUCGCGGGGCCCCUGAAUUGCCGCCACCAUGUAUCUUGUUAACAGAAAAAAAUUCAAAUUUGAAAGAAUAUUCAUAA